AUGUCUGUUGACGAGUCGAAGUCCGCUCAUGCUUCUGUGUCCGAUGAAGUAAAAGCGACCAUUCCAACUCUUGUGGACGUAGAGACUAUCCAGGUUGUUGACUUGGAACGUGACGAGAAAUGGGCCUCCAAUCCUGCCAACCCUCGCAACUGGACAUUGCUCAAGAAAUGGAUAGCAACGUCAAUAAUUGCUCUCUACACAUUCCUCCCGCCUCUGGGGAGCAGUAUGAUGGCGCCAGGACUACCCGAGAUCGCGGUUCAAUACCAUAUCACGAACAGCACGGUGCUCGCCCUUACCUUAUGCAUUUUUGUUUUGUCCUUUGCGCUUGCUCCUCUGGUGUUAGCUCCUCUCUCAGAGCUGUACGGUCGUGUUUGGAUUUUGCAUGUUUCCAAUAUCGCCUUUCUGGCUUUUAAUCUGGGCUGCGCGUAUUCGAAAACCACAGGAAUCCUAAUUGGAUUCAGGUUCUUAGCUGGUAUCGCGGGCAGUGCACCGGUCGCGAUUGGAGGUGGCGUGAUUAGCGACUUGUUUUCAGAGAGUGACCGCAUGGCGGCCAUGGCAAUAUACACUCUGGGGCCUCUACCAGAAUGUCAUAUGCUGAUUGAAUUGCUCUGCUACAGCCAGUCGUUGGCGUACCCUAUUUGUGGGGGGUUCAUCGUGCAGACCGUAGGAAUCAAAUACGUCUUCAUCGUGAUCGUCGCCUUCUCUGGAUUGUGUGCCCUUUUGGCCGUUCCUUUCCUGCGGGAGACCUACGCGCCAGUCAUCUGGCGGAGAUUGCAACGAUCCCAGCAAAGUGCCGAUCCAGAGAAGGGGCCAGUUGCACCCGUCUCUUCUGGCCCCUCCACAAAUGACAAACUCCGGUACAUGUGGCUCAAUCUCAGCCGCCCGGUCGUACUGUUGUGCACCAACCUAGUCUGUUUCAUGCUGAGUUUGUACAUGGCAUUCGUCUCCGGUAUCUACUACCUCAUGUUUGCUACCUUCGGCUCUCUGUUCAGCGACUAUUAUGGCUUCGGCCCUGGAGUUGGUGGGCUGACAUACCUCGGCCUUGGAAUAGGUUUUAUAUUAGCUGGCGUCUUGGGUGCCAAGCUAGGCGACAAGAUCUAUCAACAUCUAGCUGAGAAGAAUGGCGGAAAGGGCAUACCUGAACAUAGGAUCCCGUUACUCAUUCUGGGUUCCAUUUUCGUGCCUAUAGGCCUGUUCUGGUAUGGAUGGUCUGCUCAGGCCAAGAUUCACUGGAUCAUGCCCAUUAUCGGCACUGGGAUAUUUGGCUUUGCAUUUAUGAUGAUCUUGUGCAUGUCCAGCCUACCAAUCCAGCUUUACCUGGCGGAUGCCUUCGCAUACGCUGCUAGUGCACUGUCGGCGGCAUCGUUUAUCCGAUCUACUUUCGGUUUCGCAUUUCCUCUGUUUGGCCAACAAAUGUACAACGCCCUUGGGGUUGGUGGCGGUAACUCGCUACUCGCAGGGCUUUCCAUCGUGCUUGGAAUACCUUUCCCUAUUUGGAUAUACUUCUAUGGCGAGCAGUUGAGAAUGAGAGGGAACGCCACUCGAUAA